AUGGAGGACGUUUUAGAAAAUAAAAAACAUGUCUACAAAUAUGGAAGAAAAAAUAGCUAUAUUAAUAUACAAAGAAAUGAAACAUUAAAAAGUAAUAAAAGUGAUAAUAUGGAUGAAACAGAAAAAGACAUCAAUGAAACGAAUUCAAUAUAUAUAGAAAAUUUACAAGAAGAAAAUAAUAAUAUCUAUUUUUAUAAUAACAAUAAUGAAAUUAUAAAACAAGCAAAUGAAGAAAUAAACCAAACAUAUAAAAAAUGUAACACUAUUAAUAAUAAACCAGUUUUUAUAAACCAUCCAAAUGUUAGCAUAAAUGGAAAAGGUACUCGUCUUUCUGAAUUAGACAAUAAAUUUAUUCUUCAAAAACAAAAAACUCAAUAUAGCAAUGGUAAUAUUAAUAAAGCAUAUGAUACAAACAUAACACAAGACAAACUUAUCAAUGGAAAAUAUGAGCAAAAUCAAGAACAAAUAAAUAAUCACAAUCUUUAUAAUAAUAAUAAUAUGAUAAUAAUUGAUGAAAAUAAUUUUGAAAAAAAUCAUGAAUUACUUAAUAAUUUUGGUAUAAAACAAAACGAUAUUAUUUAUAGUAGUAAUAAUACUAUUGAAGGAAAUAAUUUAUAUUCCCCUUAUUACAAUGUUGAUCAAAGACAUAAACACAAUUCUAUUGGGAUAUAUCAGUUAAAUUAUAUUAAUAAUGCACAAUGUUUAAAUAGUGCAAACAGUACAAACUGCACUAGUAACAACAACAAUGUGAAUGGAAAAAAUGAAUUAAUCAGUAAAAAUAGUUUAAAAAUUUUAAAUGGAAAAAAUCAAUUCAAUAUUUUCAACGAAGAAAAUGAUCGUAUCGAUGGUGGAUUAAAUAAUAGUAGAAAACGAGCAUGGGUAGAAAAAAGCCAAAAUGAACAAAAUGCCCCAAAUUAUUUAUACUAUAAUCAGGAAACUUACGAUGACCAUAUAAAUAAUAGCUGUAACGAAUUUAGUGAUCAUAGCCAUUUAUAUAACAACAAUGAAGAUAACAAGUUAUAUAAUUAUUAUCAAAAUGAUGGACAAUAUUAUGAACAAAUUUCUGGAAACUUAGUAAAAGAUUAUAAUUUAAAAAUAAUAAAUAAGAAAAUAAGAAAUGUAUCUCCUUUGCACCAUCGAGCAUGUAGCAAUAUAUCACAUAAGGCCGAUUCAAAAAAUAAAACUAUUUCGAACUUGGAAAGAGACCGAUUAUUUAGUGAUCAAAAUGGUAAUAAAAUAAAACCUCAACCAAAGUUACAAUAUAAUAGUUCACCAUAUAAAAAAAGAGUAAAAGGAAAUAAUAAUGUAUCACCUUUAGAAAUAAAACAAAAAAAACAUAUAAGAGAAUUAAAUAAAUUUUUAACUAUGGUAAAUUAUUAUGAUAAUGAUAAAAAGGGAAAUAUCGAUACUGAGGGUGUGGCUGGUAAUCUUGGUCUUGUAGGGACUUCUUCCCCAAAUUUUAAUAAAAACACACCAAAAAUAAAUGAAAAUAAUUAUACUGAUAAAUUAAAUAAUUGGAAUAAUAAUAAAAUAAGUUAUCAUGAAAUGGGAAGAUUAAAAAAUUAUACAAAAUGUAAAAUGAUAAAUAGUUAUGAAAAAACAGAAUUAGAAAAUUUUGAAAAAAGAGGAAGCUUUAGUUAUAGUGGAAUAUUAACAUCUAUGAUAUCAUCUAUAUUGACACAACAAAAUGAUAGAAAGAUUGAACAAAAUAAUUGUUUAUAUAAUGGGUUUAGAAACAGUAAUAAUGUUGAUAAUUAUGAAUAUAAUUUAUUAUAUAAUAUUAAAGAUAGAGAAGACAUAAAAAAUAAAUAUAUUUUUUCAAAAAAAAUAACAAAUAAAAUAAAUUUACAAAAUCAACAUAACAAUGUAUUAAUAUUAACAUUAACUUUAAUGAUUGGUUUAUCAGUUUUAUGUAAUUUUGAUCAUGGAGCUAUACCUGUUACUUUAGAAGAAAUACAAAAAGAUUUUCCUCUUAGUUAUAUUGAGCAAUCAUUAUUAGGAAGUUUAGUUUAUUGUGGUUUAAUAUUUGGAACAAUAAUAGCUAGUAUUUUAUUUGAAUUAAUAUCAGCAAAAUUGUUAGUAACAGUUAGUAUCAUUUUAUUAUCUAUAUCGCUAUACAUAUUUAGUAAUGCCAAUGGUAUGAUGAUUAUGUAUAUAUCUAGAUUUGUUAAUGGGUUAUGCCAAGCCAUACCUGUUGUUUAUUUACCAGUUUGGGUUGAUGAAUUUUCUCCAGAUGAAAAAGCAACUCAAUGGAUGUCUUACAUACAAUUGGCAUCAAUCGGUGGAACAGUUUUAGGUUAUUUUCUAGGAGGAAUAUUAUCUAAUAAUUAUAAUCAAGCUAAUACAGUACUUAAUAAUAUGUCUUUUGUGCCAACAUGGAGAUCCCCAUUUUUAAUUCAAGCCUUUUUACUAUUACCUAUUUUUUUAAUCAUGAUUUUUAUUCCAUCUAAUAUGAUAAAUAUAAGUUCUGAAUAUUCAGAUAUUGAAAAAGAAGAAUUUGAAGAUUUCAAAAAUUGUGAAACUGAAUUUGGAAGUUCAAAUUUUGGAAACUUGGGUAUGGACGAAUAUAAUGAAAUGACAUUGAAUAGUCAGUCAAACAUAUUUAGCAAUUUAAACAAAAAAAAUAAACACAUAUCACCACAUCAAGGUCAGCAAAAUAAUGUGGCUCGAAAAGGUUAUAGCAGAUCAGCUACUUAUAUUAUGGAACAAAAAACAAAUGUUUUAAAAAAAACAUUUAAAGAAGUUAAAAAAUUAUUAAAUAAUAAAUUAUAUAUAAUAAUAACUUUAGGUAUGAGUAAUUUAUAUUUUGUUGUUACGGGUAUACAAUUUUGGAUUACUGAAUAUAUGUCUGUUGUUUUAUUAACGGAAAAAAUGAAAAUUGUUACAGUUUCGACAUUAUGUUUUUUAACAUCUCCUACAUCGGGUGUAUGGUUUGGUGGAUUUGUUUGUGAUUUAUUUGGUGGCUAUAAAAAUACAAACUAUUCAAAGACAAUUAAAGUUGCUACUGCCUUUGCAAUAUCCGCAUGUAUAUUUGGAAUCCUAUCUGCUCAUUUAACGAAUUUUAUAUUUUUCUCAAUUUCUUUAUGGCUCUGUUUGUUUACUGGGUCAGCCCUUGUCCCCGUCGCAGUAGGAAUGCUAUUGUCAUGUGUGAGCAACCAUCAGAAAAGUUUAUCCUCUGCCGUAUCUCAAGUUAUAUACAAUGUAUUUGGUUGGUUUUCUGCACCGUUAUUAUCCGGAAUUAUUAUGGACAUAAUGCACAAAUAUACCAACAAUAACCGAUUGGCUUUAAAGGCUGGUUUUACUAUGAUACUAUACUCCAGUUGUAUCGGUUUCUUCCUACUAUUCUAUGCGAACUUUUUGGAUUUUUCUGAUAAAAAAGGAAAUGAAGAGUCGUCUCAUGAAUUAGAGGAACCCCUGAUGUAA